AUGGCGACCAGUCAAAGCACGGCACCUUCGUUCUUCAACUUCCUAAAGGAAGGCCUCCUCCUCCCGACCCGCAACCGGAAGCUCUUCAUAGCGGUCGGCGCCAUCAUCGUCGCCUCCACCACGCUGCUCCUCCUCGGCAGCGACCUGGCCGUCCAGCCCCUCGCCGACGAGAUCCAGCUCGACGUCAAGGCGCUAAACGGCACCGACCCCGGCAGCCUGGAGUACGCCAAGCUCGUACAGGAGAUCCAGGAUGACACCAAGGAGCUCCUGCUCGUAAGCGCGGGGUACCUGCUGUUCGCGGUCGUCGUCAGCUCCGCCGUCCGGAUCCUCCUCCUCUUCGCCACCGUCUUGACGUACUCCGGCGAGCAGCGUGCUACCUUCAGCGAGCUCCUCGGGAAAGCUAAGGCGCAGCUGAAGGCCCCCCUGCUCACGCUCGCCUUCGUCUACAUCCUGGAGAUCGUCUACGUCGUGUUUCUGGCGUUGAUGGGGGCGCUUCUCGUUGUUCUCAUGGCGAAGCAGUACUUCGUGUUGCUCAUCCUGGCGUCGCUGCUAGUCCUCUCCGCGGCCAUCUCCUUCGUGUACUUCUCCUUCGUCUGCUCUUUCAGCGUCGUCGUGGCGGUGGCCGAGCCCGGCUGCCACGGCGCAGCCGCCUUAGGCAGGGCGUGUAGGCUGGCGAAGGGGAAGAAGUGGCAGGUCGUGCUGUACGUCGCCGUUACCUGUGCCCUGGCCAGCGUCCUUUCGCCGGUGCACACGCUCGCGAGGACUUGCGCGGGUAAUAGCGUGGCUGUUGGGUUGCUCUUAGGUUUUGUGUACGCCGUUCUGAUGGCACUCGUGCAGUUGUUCGCCGUCUGCGCCAUGACCGCGUUCUACUACGAGCGCAGGGAGAACAUCGACAGCCAGCUGGGGGAUACUGCAUACACCAAGUUAUCAACGGAAGAAGCAAACGCUUGA